GACAUAAUUACCAUUAAUAAAAUAAUUUGUGUUUAUCUUUCGUCUUCUUUCCUUCUUGCUUCAAAUUGCAGUAACUAAUAACCAAUCCAAUCAGCUUUGUAUAUAAAUUAAUAAAAUCAUCUCCAUCACAAUCAUUUCUGCCGACUCAUCACAUAUUCUCCUCCUUUCGGUACAGUAAAAUGAAUAUUGUGAUUGCUUGACAUAGGAACUAGUGUUGAUCAUACAAGAUUGUUAAUUAAUGGGUGGAGUUUGCUCAAGGAAGCGAGAACAGCAGGUUAAUGAAGAGAGCAUUAAUAGAGGACUUUCUGUGAGAUACUUUAAAAGUGGAAGUUCAAAAUGGCUGGGUUCCUCGAUUUUGCGAGCACCUUCAGAUAUCAAGCUGCGCAAUGGGAAAUGUCCAUCUCUUAUGGAACUCUGUAUUUAUAACAUAUGUGAGGAUAUGGAUCAAUAUAAAACUCUUUCUAUGCUGCCAAGGGAUAUUAAUCAGCAGAUAAUUAAUGAAUUGAUCCGUUCCCAGCGUCUAACUGAGCUUACACUUGAAGCCUUUCGUGAUUGUGAUCUACAGGAUCUUGACUUUGGAGAAUAUCCAGGAUUUGGUGACAGCUGGAUGGAUGUUGUAGCUUCACAAGAGGCUUCUUUACUCUCUUUGGACAUUUCUGGUUCUGAUGUUACUGACUCAGGCUUGAUGAAUCUUAAAGAUUGCAAAAAUCUCCAAGCCUUGAAUCUUAAUUACUGUGACCAGAUUUCAGACCAUGGACUGGAAUGUAUCAGAUAUCACUCCAACUUGACAACCUUGAGCUUUAGAAGGAACAAUUGUUUUACUGCAAAAGGAAUGAGUGCCUUGUCUGGCUUAGUCAACUUAUCAAAGUUGGACUUGGAAAGAUGUCCAGGGAUUCAUGGUGGGCUUGUUUAUCUCAAAGGACUUUCAAAGCUCGAGUCCCUUAACAUUAACUGCUGCAACUGCAUCACAGAUGCUGAUAUGAAACCUCUUGCAGGAAUUACAAGCUUGAAAGAGUUACAAAUUUCCUCGAGUAAGGUUACUGACUAUGGUGUGACCUUCUUGAAAGCCCUGAACAAGCUUACUUUACUGAACAUGGAAGGUUGUCCAGUUACUGCAGCAUGUUUGGAAUCUCUUUCAGCUCUUACCACCCUGUUAUAUUUGAACCUCAGCAGAUGUAAUUUGACUGAUGAUGGUUGUGAAGAGUUUUCACGGCUGCAAACUCUAAAGGUUCUAAACUUAGGAUUCAAUGAGAUAUCAGAUGCUAUUUUGGUACACCUGAAAGGUUUAAAGAAGUUGGAGAGCUUGAACCUUGAUUCCUGUAGAAUUGGUGAUGAAGAGCUAUAUAAUUUGUCAGGGCUUCAGCAUUUGAAAUGUUUGGAGCUGUCUGAUACUGAAGUAGGAAGCAACGGACUCCAUCAUCUCUCUGGUUUGACUAAUCUGGAGAGUUUGAAUCUUUCAUUCACUGUUGUAACUGAUGCUGGUCUGAAAAAACUAUCUGGAUUAUCAUUUCUGAAGUCUCUUAAUUUGGAUGCUCGCCAAAUUACAGAUGCUGGCUUGGCAGCUCUCACAAGUUUGACUGGUCUGACUCAUUUGGAUCUAUUCUGCGCUCGUAUCACAGAUUCAGGAACAAAUUAUUUGCGAAGUUUCAAGAAUUUGCGGUCCUUGGAAGUUUGUGGUGGAGGAUUAACUGACGCUGGUGUGAAGAAUAUCAAAGAUCUCUCGUCUUUGACAAUGUUGAAUCUCUCUCAGAACCACCACCUGACAGAUAGAACCCUGGAACUGAUUUCUGGUUUGACAGAUUUGGUUUCUUUAAAUGUCUCAAGCUCUCGUAUAACUGCUGGAGGGUUGAAUCACCUAAAACCCCUGAAGAAUCUAAGAUCAUUGACCUUGGAAUCCUGCAAGCUGAAUGCAAGUGAUAUAAAGAAGCUUCAGGCCUCAGACCUUCCUAAUCUGGUAAGCUUUCGACCAGAAUAGGAUCCGAGGAAAACAUCUGUGUAUAUAGCCAUUCAGCCAUGAACUUCUGUAUAUUAGAAUAAUAAGUGAUAUGUGGAAUUGUAUAGAUGAUAGACCUAAAAAUUACGUUGAAUUCCUUCUGGAGGAUGGAGACAUUUGUGUGCUGCAUGUGGAGCCUUCCUUUUGUAUUACCUACACUCAAAAGAAAUGUAUAUAUGCUUCUGUGGCCAAGUUUCUGAA